GAACAUAUUAUGGAGGCAAACCAACGGUCGGCGAAAUCGAAAAACAAGAUUCAUCGACGAGGUUAACUGUUCUCCCCUGUUACAUGCAUUUUCCUUGCCCAUUGAUUCCCAGCUUUACGGCACGUGCUCUCUGCUGUGCCUGGUUUCACGUGUGGAUUUGUUUGUUUCCCUUGGUCCCCCUCUCUAAGUUGCGUGCGACGCGAUCAAACUCCCGAUUCACCAAUCAGGUUCCGGCGCUGAGGGCGGGGGUCGUCUCCGCCUCGCGGCCGCGGCAGGCGGGCAUGGUCAUCGGAGUCGUGCCGAGGUAUGACCCCCACGGCAUGGGCAUGCCGCUCCUGUCGCGUCCGGGCGGCGGCAGCGGCAGCGGCGGCGGCGGCGAUGUGCCGGCGACGGGGCGGCAGCGGGCGGCCACGGCUUCGUCUCUCGAGCAGCCGCGAGAGGAGUCUAUCCUGCCCGCUGCUGCACUAGACGCGGGCCGCGUCAUCUCGAGGAGAAACUCUUCCCCGGACCCGACAAGUCCAUCGCCGCCUCUCGGCAGCAACAGCAGCGGCAGCGCGCGCGGCAACGGCGUCGCUCCCGGUACGGCUACCGAGGCGCCUGCGGCAGCGUCGCCUCCGGUCGCGUUGGAGCCGCCACGUGCUGACGUACGAGCGACGAGCCCGGUUGCUCGACGUACGGCGGCGGGGUGGCCGGUUCCGAGCGGUUGGGUCGGGGGCCGUAGCGGUGGGGGUGACGGCAGGUCUGUCGUCUCGGCGAGGCACACGAGGAGACACAACGUGUCUGCGCCGCUGCUGGGGUCGUUUCCGUUCUCGUUGUGGAGGGUGUUGCAGACUUCGACGGUUGAUGGGCAGGCGGCGGCGGCGGCGGCGGGAGAGGCGGUGGCGACGACGACCGGAGUAGGACAUGCCCGAACAGCCGCCACGGAUCUGGUUCAGCGGCGGCAUGGGGGCAGCAGCUCCGAAACUAGCGGUGAUUCCGAUUCUGCCGAAGCCACCGGCAGCGGCGGAGGGGACGGGGCGGGCGUUCGUAGAGAAACCGGUCGGGGUGUUGAAGGAGAGGGCCAAGGUAUCGUGCCGGUCUUCUCCCCCCCGAGCGGGAGCAGAGGCGUGGAGGAGGAGGAGAAGAAAGAGGCGGGGGAGAUGCAGAGGGCAGAAGAUACGCCCGUACCGGCGUAUGCUGGUUCGGCGGUGCCCCCGGCAGCCCAGGCUGAUGCACCAGUCCCUGCCGCGCUCUGUCCGGACGGCAGACAAGCAGUGGCUUAUCCUGCAGGGAGCGCUCUUUUGGGUAGGGGUGGGCCGGCGGAGACAACCAAGCCGCUGAGAGACCCUAUCGCCGUGGCCGGUGCCGCCACCGAAAUUGCUGCUGCACCGGCUAGAGGACAAUCUUCCCUCCCAAGAGCCUCUGGCUGUCCUGAUGGAGCAGCAGGAGGAGGAGAAGGAGGAGGAGGAGGAGGAGGGGGACGAGGAGCGUCGCCCUACACCGUGGGUCCUGUUGCCGCGAGCACCGCUGGUGUCAGAAGCAACAAGAUUAACGACGUAACGGUAGCGACGAAAGGCAAUGAGGAUGCACCUGAUGGGCAUCAUCGGAAACGAGUUGAUGGCGGGGAGGCUGCUGAGGGAGGGGGUUGGGCAGUUGUGGGAGGAGGCGGCGCAGGCGGCGGUAGGGCCCACGCCGGGGCGGGGGGGAGCAGAGCUGUCGUCAGCGGGAGGGGCAUGACGUCACCAGCGCAGGCUUCCCCGGGUCCCGCGGACGGAACGGGACAGGUUUUCAGGGGUGGGGGACAACGGCAGCAGCAGCAGCAGCAGCAGCAGCAGUGGGAGGAGGAGCGCUUGUUGCAGGGGCAGGAAUCCCCCCGGAGACAAGAAGAAAGCGGUGACGUCCUGCGGUUGGGCCUGGGAGGGACUCAGCGGUGGCCGGACAACGAACCCGGUGACUCGGGCGGGAGAGCUUCGCCCCCGAUGGCCUCGUUGGAAGAGCGAUGACAGCAGACGAAGCGCGGUGUGUUGUGUUUACGGCAGUUGCUCGUAGGAUUGGACUUUAAGAAGUGGGUCGUUUUUCUGUGUAACGUUCGCAAUUGCCAAGCUACUGCUGUGGGGUGUUGCAGUAGCUCAAGUGUAAUAGUGUUUAUUACGAUUAUUGUUCCGGGCGGCGAGCAAGUAUUGUGUUCUGUCCGUGGGUCAAUCAAGCUGUAAAUGUAUGCUCAAGCAUAUUUUCGGCCUUUUGUCUGGAUUCGGCCCAGGAUCGCCUCGAUGCUGGCGUUCGAGAGGUUGUCGUGUGACUGGGCUGGCUGCUUUCUAUCGCGGUGGUCGGACCAUCGUGUUAUUUCAUGUUCUUUGUGUUGUUGCGGUUUUGCAGGAAAAGUUGGCCGGCACGCGGUGUUUUUGCAGUGUCAUUCAUUGGAGUUGAGUGUCGAAUCGGUUCGUGGAGUGGUUCAACCAAUUUUGUAUUUCGAACGACCGUGCUUGUGGCUGCUGCUACGCACGGCACGAAGGAACGAGCUUUUGUCUUGCGCGAUUGUAGUGUGGCCGAAGCGCGAGUAGGGCAACGAUGUCCCGGUGAUAGCGUGUCUUUUCUGGUUUGCGGUAGAAUACAGCAUCUCUGCCGGUGAUCGACAACAUCACCAUCAACGAGGCCAACGGGAGUAGGAAAAAACGGAACAC